AUGCAAUCAUAUACAAUUCAUUUUAUUUUUAUUUUUUUAAGCAGGCUGAAGAGAGAAAAAAAUGGAGGGAGAGCUUGCAUGUGAGAGCUCGAGCUCGAGCUCGUCAAAAGUUCUGGAGUCCAUUCGGCGUUAUCUGCUGGAAGAAGAUGAAUCGGAGGAACCCAGGUCGUCGACGGAGGAGGAGGGCAACCGGAAAAGGGAGCCGCCGUCGCCGGUGAGAGGGGGAAGCUACAGAGGAGUGAGGAGGAGGCCGUGGGGGAAAUACGCGGCGGAGAUAAGAGACCCGAAGAAGAACGGAGCGAGGAUAUGGCUCGGGACCUACGAGACGGCCGAGGACGCGGCCAUGGCUUACGACAGGGCGGCAUUCGAGAUGCGAGGGGCGAAGGCCAAGCUCAACUUCCCUCACCUCAUCGGAACCGACGGAGUCGAACCGGCGAGGGUUAGCAACAGGCGGCGACGCUUGCCGGAAAAUGCGGAUCCGGCGGGGAAACGGCGAAGCAACACAAGCAUAAUUAACAUAGCGGCGAGACUGCCUUCGCUAGGAUUCCGAAUUGUCUGAAUUACACCCAGCGGAAUAUACUCUCCGUCGCAUGAACGAAAAAGAAUCCAUCUUUUGAUUUUUUCUUUUCUUUGCAAGUAGAGAGGCAGAUCACUCUUCGGACAAGAUGCAUGCGAUGUGAGUGCCGACACUCCCAUUCUCUGUGUCCUUUGUUCGGAUGUUUUUAGCGAUCGGACCUUUAUCUGCUACACGAUAAGUGCUAAAUCAUGUAGGAGGGCAUCUCUUUUAAAAUGCUCACGAUAUAUCAACCAAUA